ACUUGGUUUCGUUUCAGAUGAAGAGGCCAUCUCUCCUGCCCCAGCACUGGAUUCUGCUGAUGUCAUGUCUCUUAGUGGCUUUGGAAGCUGUACCUAUAGACAUAGAUAAGACAAAAGUCAAAGGAGAAGGCCAUGUAGAAGGAGAGAAGAUAGAAAAUCCAGAUACAGGACUUUAUUAUGAUGAAUAUCUCAGGCAAGUAAUAGAUGUCUUGGAAACAGAUAAGCAUUUCAGGGAAAAACUCCAGACUGCUGACAUAGAAGAAAUAAAGAGUGGAAAACUAAGCAGAGAACUUGAUUUAGUAAGCCACCAUGUGAGAACGCGGCUGGAUGAACUAAAACGACAAGAGGUGGCAAGACUAAGAAUGUUAAUUAAAGCUAAAAUGGAUUCUGUUCAAGACACUGGCAUAGACCAUCAGGCUCUUCUUAAACAAUUUGAGCACCUGAACCAUCAGAAUCCUGACACAUUUGAACCUAAAGACUUAGAUAUGCUGAUCAAAGCAGCUACAAGUGACCUGGAGAAUUAUGAUAAAACCCGCCAUGAAGAAUUUAAGAAAUAUGAGAUGAUGAAAGAACAUGAGAGGAGAGAGUAUUUAAAAACACUGGAUGAAGAAAAGAGGCAGCGGGAAGAAUCCAAAUUUGAAGAGAUGAAAAAAAAACAUGGAGAUCACCCUAAAGUUCACCAUCCUGGAAGCAAAGAUCAGCUGAAAGAGGUAUGGGAAGAAGCAGAUGGACUAGAUCCUAAUGAAUUCGACCCCAAAACAUUCUUCAAAUUACAUGAUGUCAAUAAUGAUGGCUUCCUGGAUGAGCAAGAAUUAGAAGCCCUGUUUACUAAAGAGCUAGAAAAAGUUUAUGACCCGAAAAACGAAGAGGAUGACAUGGUUGAAAUGGAAGAAGAGAGGCUGAGAAUGAGAGAACACGUAAUGAAUGAGGUUGACGUCAACAAGGACCGACUAGUGACUUUGGAAGAGUUCCUGCGAGCUACAGAGAAAAAAGAAUUUUUGGAGCCAGAUAGCUGGGAGACACUAGAUCAACAGCAGCUCUUCACUGAGGAUGAGCUGAAGGAAUUUGAAAGUCAUAUUUCUCAGCAGGAAGAUGAACUUAGAAAGAAGGCAGAAGAUCUUCAGAAACAGAAAGAAGAGCUACAGAGGCAACAUGACCAGCUUCAGGCUCAGAAACAAGAGCUUCAGCAGGUUGUAAAGCAGAUGGAACAAAAGAAACUACAGCAAGGAAAUCCUCCUGCAGGACCUGCUGGAGAACUGAAGUUCCAGCCCCCUGGGGAGCACAAAGUUGGAGAUGCACCAAAACAUCCUGCAGGAGAUGACCAGCCUUUACCACCAGGACAUGUUCAAGAACCAGUUGCUAGAACUGAUCAAGUUCACCCUUAACCACUCGUGCCUCAACUUUAUAGCAUCUUUAUUAUUUUGGGGGGAGGGUAAAAGGUAGGGAGGGAGGGGAAAAAAAUAAUCAGUGAAACAAACUCAAUUUUCUUCCCCAGAUUAUAAAAUCAUCAGGAAUAUUAGAGAUUAAGUAUUAGACUUGAAUCAUAAGUUAAAUGAAUUUAUUUCCAAUCCAUCAGUGAGAAAGGCAACAAUGGGAUCCUUUAGAGUAUACAAUGGAGGAGGUAGUUAAUGAAACUAUUGAUUUUAAAGGUUUUUGUGGCCAAGAGAGCUGUUGCACUUUUUUUUAAAAAAAAAAAAAAAAAGUCUGCCAUGGUGUGUUUAGGCACAAAUCAGGAUCUUUUCAGAGAAAAAACAGGAACUGGCCUGAAUAUCAAGCUAGGUCUUGUUUUAUGAAGAAACUCCUUCCAGAAGUGCUAAGAAGCAAUGCAGGGAGAAACAGAGACCAUAGGUGAAGGUCCACCAUUUCCAGUACUACCAAUCACUUUCUUGAGACCAAAUAAAAAUCAAAUUUCUUACACCUAACUUUACAAAAUUUGCACUUUCUAAAAUCCAACCACCACAAAAACGCAUGGAAUACGGAAUAUUUUUCAUGUUUACAGAAGCCUGAAAAUUUCACUGUAAGCCUUCAAAAGAAAUACUCAACUUUGGGUGUAUUGGUCUGAACCGUCCUUGUUAAGAUUAAUUCUGUGUAGCAGUUGUAUACUGAACUGGCUCUCGGGACAGUGCUUUUGUCCCUGUUUCUUUCAUCAGGUGCCAGCUGAUCUCAAAAUUUUGCAUGCUAUUAAAUAAGCUUUUUAUGUUGAUGGAAAUAUUGUGCAAGACAGAAAGAGACUCACUGUCUUCUUCUGUACAGAUUAUCCUACCUCCUGUGAUAAUACCAGAUUUUUUUCAGAAUGCACCAUAUGCUACAAAAAGCUCUUCUCAGACAUGAAUUUUUGACUUGUUAAGAGUCUCACUAUUAACGCUUAUUAGUCUUUAAGCAGUUAGUUGAUGUAAGUUUAUGAAGUGUCCUGAAACAAGGGUGCUACUAGAUUGUAUGAUUUUGUUAUUGAACCAGGAUAGCUCCCUCAUAUUGUAAGCCAGAAUUUUUCAAAAACCACCACCACCAAAACACACUACACCACUACAGAACCACUGCAAAAGUUGAUUUACCUGGGGGUUUUACUGUAAUGUUGAAUAGCUAUGUGAUUGUCCUUGCUUGUCAUCUACUGAGACUACCCUAAGGUAUAAACCCUGAUUGUUUUUUGUUUUUGUUAAAAAUGGAUUGUUCUGACUGUAUAACACUGGCUUUGAAGUGACACACCUUAGUACACACACCUUAGCAAGCAUCCUUUGAAUUAUCUUCCUGUUAACAGCAAGUGGCAGUCGGAGCUCAUUUGGGUUUUGAGCAAAGAAGCAGAGGCCAGGCCUGUAUUAUGAAAAUUAUGAAGAGAUGUUCCUCUUAGAAAAAGAAUCAAACGUUUUAAGCAAACACAAAAGAGAUGGGCAGCAAUUACUAACAUUUUGUAUAGUCAGUUGAGAAGUUUCUCACUAAAGAGUUGUGACUGGUAGAGGCUAGUCAUAUUCCAUACACAUUUAAUGCUUCCAUCAGGAUUGAGCACAUUCAUGUCUUUCACACAAUGUAAUAGAACUCACUGCUAGAAUAGAUUAGGUUUCUUUAUCUGUUUCAUCUUAAUUGUCAUGUCACAUUUCCUUUAUUUAUACCACUCAAGCAAUUAGGCUUUACCUUUUUUGCUAUUGUUCUAUUUGCAAGUAGUUCGCUUUUUAAUUUAGUUCAAAAAACAAAACAGUCUCCACUGUUUGUUACUUCCAUGUAAUUCUAACAUCAGUUUAAUUAUGUCUUUGCCAGGAGACUGAAAUACCUUUCAACAACCUUAUCUGUUUGCUAAGAGGCCCAGAUAUAGUUACAGCUACAACCAGAGUAACAGCGCUUCUCAGUGCAGGGUCCUGGCUUUGGGGUUGUAGCCUGACAAUUAGGAGCAGAGCAAGGAAGGAAAACAGAGGGUGAGUUAUUCAAACAUCAUGGAAAAGGUGAUGGGAAUUUUUUUCUUCCUGUCUCACAUGGAGGUUUACAAAGGAAGAAUGAUACAGCCACAGAUGUUUGUAGAGAAUCAAGGACUAAAAACUUUGAUCUGAAAACAUUUCUACCAUACAAGUUAUUUCUUCAUGUUACAACAGCCUCAUAAAUGAAUGCUGUUAUAUGUGAUGCAGUAUAUGCUCUCAAGUGCUUGCCACAGCUCAGGCUUUGAUUUCAGCAUAGUAUCUGUUACAUUUCCAUUGUAAAAACCUGACAUAGGAGAAGAGCAUUAUAUCCUCAGUACCCUGUUUACUUUGAAACAUCCAGAGAGCUUUGUCAAGAACCACUGUAACAUGGGUGCUGAACUCAUCUUCUGCUUGCUGCAGUGUUGUGAGUGUUGGUGGUGAUUGAAGCAGCUGCUUAAGAGAAGCCAGAGCUUUCAUUUGUCAUUUCAUGGGUUAGUAAGAGUUUCUAGUUUUACAUUUCAGCUAACCACAGAGGUGCAUUCAGCAUAAAGCAAUGCACGCCUUUCCUUCAACUGCUGUCUGGUACUUAAGUGUUCAGAGAUGUUCUUGUCAGUGUUAAUUUUAGUAGCAGGCUUGCAUUUUUAACAAUAUGCUGUAGUCUUUCUGCUCAUUUUUUAGAAUUAGAAGUCUUUUUUAAACAUUAGAAUUGUUGAUUGGAUUCAUCUCUAACAAUAAUCAAAGUUCUAGUCCAACUAUUUGCCCUAAAUUAUGUGGAAGUCAACGCCUUAGUCUUCAAUAACACUUAAGUUACUGAACCCCUAACUGAAUAGACUUUAAUUUUGCUGCCUAGAUGUUUUUGAGAUGAGAGCCCAGAUUACAGCUUCAUGCGUGUUUGCCCAACUCAAAAUUCCGUAUGCAUUGUUACCUCUUCCACACAUCUGCGUAGAUAGCGAGAACUGAGUGGCCAUUCUCUCAGAAGAUGGUCCAUCAUGUCUGCUCUAUCAGCAGACAAGCUUGACCUGAUACUGCCUAUCUUCCUGCGUGAAGGAAGGACAUUCUUCAGGCCCAAGCUAAAAUAUGUCUCUGUUUGAGCACAAUACAGUCCAACUAUUUUUGUGGAUUCAUUCUGAAAUACAGUUUAACUAAGAGUUGUCUCACUGUAUGGAACACCUGCCACAGAGGUUAUGCAGUGUGUUAGAGUCACACCUACACAUGAACUGUUGAACUGAUGUGAUGCUUUUUUAAAUGCGUCUUGUUUUCAAUGAUGAUUUCUUCUUUUAAUUAGGUUCUCUCUUUCAUAAAAGAGACUAAAAGUAUUGUAUUAUUCACUUAAAGCACGUUUCUGCCACGGUACUGAUUUCUCAGGAGCUGUUUAAAGUUAAACAAAAUCCUCACUUACAGCGGAGUCAGGAAACAGAAAGCUAUAAUCACAGAAGCAAGGGACUGGAAUACCUUGGGCACCAGCGCUUUUACCUGUACUUUACUUUUCAUUUAGGAAGUGAUUACAAGAAAACUCAAUGUAACUUCAUGCAGGCACCAGUUCCAAGACAAAGAUGCAGAGGUCUGGUUUUGUACUUGGCUGGGAUUUCACUAGGAGGAUGAAGGGGUAAGAUUUAGUCAGUGGUGUACAAAUUCGUAUUUUUCAGUGCAAUAUAUGUAGAAAAAAGCCCCACUCAAUACUUUGUAUUGAAUAGUUUUUAACUGGAUUAAACUGAAACUCAGCGCAGUGA